GCCAUCUGUCUCGCGCCGGCCCCGACGCGCACGCGCAUGGAGGGGCGCGCGAGCCCCCCCGGACGAGGCCCGCGGCGCCCCGCGGCGGCCGUGCUGUGCCGCGGCCCCGUGGAGCCGCUUAUAUUCCUCGCCAACUUCGCUUUGGUCCUGCAGGGCCCGCUCACCACGCAGUACUUGUGGCACCGCUUCAGUGCCGACCUCGGCUACAAUGGCACCCGCGACAGGGGCAGCUGCAGCAACCACAGCGCGGACCCCAUCAUGAAGGAAGUGGAGACCCUUACCUCCCACUGGACCCUCUACAUGAACCUGGGCGGCUUCCUUGUGGGGCUCUUCUCAUUUACCCUGCUGGGUGCCUGGAGUGACUGUGUGGGCCGCCGUCCACUGCUGGUGCUGGCCUCACUGGGCCUGUUGCUGCAGGCCCUGGUGUCCAUCUUUGUCGUGCAGCUGCAACUCCACGUCGGCUACUUCGUGCUGGGCCGCAUCCUUUGUGCUCUCUUUGGGGACUUCAGUGGCCUCCUGGCUGCUGGCUUUGCCUCCGUGGCAGAUGUCAGCUCCAGCCGCAGCCGCACCAUGCGAAUGGCCCUGCUGGAAUCGUGCAUCGGGGUGGCGGGGAUGUUGGCCAGCCUUCUCGGGGGCCACUGGCUCCGGGCCCAGGGUUACGCCAACCCCUUCUGGCUGGCCUUGGCCUUGUUGAUAGCCAUGACUCUCUAUGCAGCAUUCUGCUUUGGUGAGACGGUGAAGGAGCCAACGCCUGCCCGGCUCUUCACGCUCCGUCACCACCGAUCCAUUGUCCGACUCUACGUGACUCCCGCUCCAGAGAAGUCCAGGAGGCAUUUAGCCUUGUAUUCCUUGGCCAUCUUCAUGGUGGUCACUGUGCACUUUGGGGCCCAGGACAUCCUGACCCUCUAUGAACUGAGCAAACCCCUCUGCUGGGACUCCAAGCUGAUCGGCUACGGUUCUGCAGCUCAGCACCUCCCGUACCUCACCAGCCUGCUGGGCCUGCGGCUUCUGCAGCACUGCCUGGCUGACGCCUGGGUGGCCGAGAUUGGCCUGGCCUUCAACAUUCUGGGGAUGGUGGUCUUUGCGUUUGCUACCAUCACACCCCUCAUGUUCACAGGGUACGGGCUCCUGUUCCUGUCAUUGGUUACCACACCCAUCAUCCGGGCCAAGCUCUCCAAGCUGGUGGGCGAGUCAGAGCAGGGUGCUCUCUUUUCUGCUGUGGCCUGCGUCAAUGGCUUGGCCAUGCUGAUGGCUUCUGGCAUUUUCAACUCGCUCUACCCGGCCACUCUGAACUUUAUGAAGGGGUUCCCCUUCCUCCUGGGAGCUGGUCUCCUCUUCAUCCCAGCCAUUCUGAUCGGGGUGCUGGAAAAGGCUAAUCCUCGUCCUGAAUUCCAGCAGUUUCCUCAGAGCCCCUGAUCUGCCUGGACCCGAGGACAGAGGGCAGUGGGAGCAAAGUGAACACUAACUAGCUGAAAGCAUGCCUCUGGCUCCCAGCAACGCCAGCACCACCCCGCAAAGGGCAAGUGUCUGCCUUGGAAAAAGUGGUCAAGCUACACUGCUGUGCCAGCCUAUGACUCUAAUCUAGAAUUGUAACCCACACAGCCCCACUCCAGGAGGCAGCGGGGGAGCCAUCUGGACUGUUUACCCUUGAUGCCAUCAGUCGUAUAGAACCCUCCAGGGGAGAGGAGAGGUCCCAAAUGCAGGUGAAGCCUCAGGGACCAGUUGAAGCAUGAGGGCUGGCAUCUGUGCUUCCAGCCCACACCGCACAGCUCACAGGGCUCAGUUCCUGGUGUGCAGCCACCAGUCACUUCUGGGGUUGGAUGCAAUUCUGAGGGGAGGGGGGGUGGGAGGGGCUGGGUCCCUUCUGGAAAGUGCUGCUGUCUCUGGCUGGAAUCCAUCCUCUGGGCUUCACAGUGCCAAUCACAAUAAAUCCAUAUAAUCACACUGAAGUGAACCUUCUGGCCCCCAAGGCAUUGGGCUGUGGGGCUCUCUGCUUUCCUGUUCCUGGCCUGCCCGCCAUAGGUCAGAUAGCAGCAGCCUCUGGGCUGGGCAGGAGCCCCUGAGCUGCCAUGGGAUUGUACUGGGCAUGGCCAGCCCCCCGCCUCCCCCUCCAUCUGACUGCUCAUUCUCUUCCCCUGAGCUGUGGGGCAGAGGCCUGCCAGACUUGCAUCAGGCUCGUGGGGAGAUCCGGGCAGGAGCCCAUUCCUGAGGGUCAGAGAUCCAGUCCCUGAAGGCACCUGUACUGGUCGACCCGGCUGUACCAGUCCAAGCAGGGUCAGGUUUUGUCACUGCUCAGCCCUCCAGCACUCUUGUUGCCACCCAUUUCAGCAGGUCCAUCCUUUAUCUGUAGGUCAAUAGGAACCUGGAGAUGUGACUCCUCGAUAUGAUCCAGGGGCCCCAGCUUCUCAGAGAAUGAGGGGCUUGUUUCUAGGGUGUUAGGAAAGCCUGGACCGGAAGCUGGAAGUCAGAACUGGAUUCAGUAUCCAGGCACUAGCUUUGAUGAGGGCUGCAAGCCCCUGCACCGACCAGAGCAGGUGGCACUUGACUGCAGGCGUGCAUUGGCCACAGUGCUUGGCUCCUGCUACCCUCAUUCUCUGUCCCCUGCCCCAGAAAUCACAGGUGAAGCGGGAAGGGGGGAGGGGGCGGGUGCAGAACAAAGCAUGGUCAGCUGUGGCGUCUGUGGCCUGGGCCUGUUUCCAGAUUCCCAUCUCACUGUCUCUGUCCUUGGAAGACCAAAGCAAGGAGAGGGCCUUCCACUGACUGUCCCAGCAUGAGGCAGUGAGGAGGGUCAGGAAGAGGCUCUGGGCUGGUCUCAGGCUUGGGCUCUACUCUGGGCACUGCCUCUGGCUUGCUUGUGACCAUGAGCAAGCCCUCCUAUGUAGGUCUAGAUCAGCAAUGCCCCAAAUUAUCUGAUUGCCGGUGGACAAGUUAGGAAACACUAGAUAAUGUUCUGAGACCUUUCCCCCCUCCUACAUGCUAAAAUGAGAUUCCUCUUCAUUGGCAUGCAGUCCUUAGUCCCUGGGGAGGGGUGGGGUGAGGUGGGUAGGGACCUAGCUGAUGCCCAGCCAAGCGGAAAAGCCCAACCCUGCAGACCUGCAUCAGAGCAGGCUUGGGGGAAAGGCUAUUUCCCAGCCGUUUCAGGACCAGCUCCAUGGGGCCAGGCCCAGGUGGAAGAUGAGGGCCAGGUGCCUGUCCUGGCUGUAACCCGAGCAGUGUUGGUCAUGGCAGGAGAGACAAUCCACUGAACACACUGGCCUGGCUGGGGGGUCAUCACCCGGGCUGCUCUGGUGGG